AUGGACUCUUCGAGAUGUCCGGUCUCUAAAGCAUUCAAGGUGUUCAAAGCAGUGGCUAACAGUGAAUGGAGUGGAAAUUUUGAUGUGGUCUCUGUGGAAGUCCUGCCCCGAACUAAGUCUGACCAUAAUCCCCUUCUAGUGUUUUUCUCUAAGAAUAAUGAAAUGACUUGGAGGAAGAGGAGGCAGUUUAGAUAUGAGGCAAGCUGGGAAAAACAUCAGGAAUAUUCCCAACUGGUAAAGCAACUCUGGAGGGUCCGGAACAAUUUUGAACCGGCUUGGAGAAAAGUUCGAAAUAAUUUGAAGUGUUGUCAACGAGCUUUCCAGAAAUGGGUAAGAAAGGAAGGGGGAAAAGUGGAGGACCAAAUCGUGAAAAAAGAGAGGGAACUUCAACUCUUUCAAAUGCAGGAAGAUGAUUUUGAUAUUGACAAGGAGAAGUAG